AUGACAGAAAUGGGUAAGAAAUUGGUACUACUUCAAGCACUUGUGGUCUGGUAUAUUCCUUCCUCUUCCUCCUUGGGGGAGAGAAGAAUGUGUAAAAACAGACAAGACCCAUUAAAAGUGCACUUUUCCUAUGCUUGGAAUAAAUCCCAAGUCUCCGCGCUAGACUACCAACAGAGCUACUGCAAAAUGAGGUGUCGUGGCAAUGAGAAGGUAAUGCUGUACACUCCAACGUGUUGGGACCUGGAGUGUAUCCCGUGCCACUGUGAGAGACCCGCCUGUGAGUACUACAGUAUAUGCUGCCCAGAUAUCUCUGUGCCGUUUGAACGCCAGAGCGUGCCUCACUUUGAUGCUCCGCUCCUACGUAAGCAGAGACUGCCGGAUACGAGCGAACCUGCUGCUGUUGCUAGGAGACGCUCCGCCCCUGUUCUUGACUGUGACACUCACCCACACAUGACGGGUAACAACUACCUAUUUAUCCGAUCCUGCCAAGCAGACUAUGAUGACAACCAAACUGUGAUAGACCUGUGUGAAAUGGACAGACAGCCACACGAGCAGACGAUAGAAACUUUUAUCAAAGCCGUUGACCUGGAAAGGCAAAUAGUUUACAGAAACAAAUUCUGUGCGCAGUGCAAUCACGUGACUAAUUUUACUUCCUUGCCAACUACGAUAAGAACAGAUAACUUUACGGCAUAUUACAAAGCCAAGAGCAGGGAUGAAAUGUUGCAGCUGGUGCUGUUAAAUGCUGUAGAAAUUGAUGUCGCCUUCCCAGACAACUUUACGCUCUUGAACUGUUUAAUUCUGAGUGUACCAAAAGAUAACUGUAGACACCUGCCCACACAUUCGCUUGCAGACGAGGAUAUCAUUAGGGCUUGUGAGACAAACCAACAGGGCAACGAGCUGGUCGUCUACUAUAGGGAGGAGAAUACAGUUUUCAAAAAUAUCUUCUGCGCUAUUUGCAACAGGGGAGAAUGCUAUCCCCUCUUUUGUGGGCCAGGGAAAGAAUUUCUUAAAGGCAAAUGCACAGCAAGCAUUUCAGAAAUCAAAGGCUUAAGUUAUCGUCUUCGGCUUUGGCUGCAACCUCUUCUAAGCGACAAACAGCAGAUGUAUAGCUUAGUCCAAUCGGAUAGAUUUACCAAGAAGACCUUAAACUCAUUGUUUAACAAGAUCCAAGAAAUGAUUGAAGAUCUUAGCUCUGAUUUUAGACUUGACGUAGAAGGAAUACGAGAUAUAAUCUCACCAAUGUUCCUCAAGUUCCCUGCAAUAUUUUGGAUGGAAUGUCUUCUUUUCGCUCUUAAAAACAUAUCACGAAAUGACUUUGAAAUGGAAAUUCUCAACAGAUUCAUGACUGGAAAUAUAUCAGUUCAAAACUUCGCUAACGUCAAUCUAUUAGUAAAACCAUUUCAGAUGCUUCAAAUAGUUGAUGUUAAAAGUCAACCGGUUCAGAAUAGCAUUAACCAAAGUCGAUCUGCCUAUUUACAUGCUAGGUAUAAAAGUGUCAAUUUUUUUGAAACUAUAGAAUAUGAUUAUAUAAAUAUAAAUCACGUAUUAGUGUGCAGAUAUGUUCAGUUUGAACCAGGACAAUAUCAAAUUGAUGUCAGGAACAACAUAAUACCACUACCACCAGGCGUUGCAAUAACUAUAGAUUUGAAUUUCUCUAAGAUACUUAUUACAGACAAUGCAGAUCUGAAUAUGGUAGACAUUGGCCAAGAUGGUGAACUGAACGUGUGUGAAGAUUUGCUGAACAGUAAACUCAAGAUGUUCAGAGACGAUGUAUUAGAAGGCACCAACAGGGAGCUGGCUGGAACCUCUCUGGCUGAGUAUAUUGUUUCUAUAUCGUGUUCUUCAGCUUCGAUACUUUGUCUGGUUCUGACCUUGAUGACCUAUGUCCUGUUUAGUGAACUGAGAACAGAGGCCGGCCUGAAUAACAUGUUUCUCAGCAGUAGUCUUCUCAUGGCUCAAGUUUUUCUGAUGAUUACCUCCCAUAUGUAA